AGGUUCAAGAAUCCUCUUGGACGGACUGCCCCUGCUUUAUGCUCUCACCUCACGAAACAAGUUCGCAUGCCCUCCCGAGGGCUGAUGCUUAUUAGUUCCAAUAAUUUUUCAUAAACAGAAGGGUGAAAUCAAGCGCUGCAGUCCAUCCGAGAUCGACAAACAUCCGACAGUACGCUCGUUAUUCUGUUCGGCAAUUGCCAUGGAGAGCUCGGGCAAAGAUGAGGCAACUUUAUUUCUCGACCGGACUUCGCGAAUCACCAGAGGGAAAAGGAUGACAAAGCUGCUUGACGAGGAAAUUGAAGAGGAUGAGUUGUUCUGGAAUCAGGAUGCUCUUAAAGAGGAAGCCAAUGAUGAUAACUAUGAAGAGGAGCCAGAAGUUGCUGAUGAAUUUGAUAGCGAUUUUGAUGAUGAUGAGCCUGAGCCUGAUGAAGAAGGUGAAAAUGAUGCUGUUGAAAGGUUGCCAAAGAAGAAGCGAUUAAUAUUCCCAGGGAAGAGAUUGCCUAAGAAGAAGAAGAAGAAAGUCCUGUCUAAAUUGGAAACUGCUACUGAUGAUGAUAAACCAGCUGAACAGUCCACGGCAGAGGAGCAUCAUGAUGUACCAGAUGAUGGAGGGGAGAGAAUGAUAAGGAAGUCCACUAGAACUUCAGUAAUAGUUAGGCAAGCUGAGAGAGAUGCAAUACGUGCAGCCCUUCAAGCAACAAUGAAACCAAUCAAAAGAAAAAAGGAAGGUGAAGAGAAGAAAAUGACACAAGAGGAAAUGCUUCUGGAAGCUGCUCAAACAGAGAUCAUGAACUUAAGAAAUUUGGAGCGUGUUUUAGCUAGAGAGGAAGAAGUUAAGAGAAGAGCAAUUGUACAUAAAGCUGUCUACAAUGGCCCACAGUGUCGAUACAUAUCAAAAGAUGGUUGUUCAUUUUUAGAAUUCAGCAAGGGGUUGUCAUUUCAGUCUGAAAUAUCCACAAAAUCUGUACCUUAUCCGGAGAAAUCUGUUUGUGCAAUUACAGGUUUGCCUGCCAAGUACUGUGAUCCGCAGACCGGCCUGCCUUAUGCAACGCCUGAUGCUUUUAAAAUAAUUCGUCAACGAACUUUGAAUGAAAAUUCUGGCGCUAGAAAAGAAAUGAACAUGGGGUGCUUACACGAUGCAAUUUCUGGAAAAGGUUUUUUGGGUAAGCAAAAGCGAUCAAUAAUGCCAAAUAAAAAUGGAGAUUCUUUUCAUCAUUCAGCAUACUUUCGUAGAUUUCUUGUUCCAGAAGAUGAAGAAUCUGACUAGCUGCUUUGUUAUACAAAUGCGGAGGAAUGGGAUUUACAUUUACUUUAGCAUGUCUGAUGUGGCCCAUCUCUCUAUCUCCAUCACUACAAAAUUCCCUGUACUGCAACAUUGAACUCAAGUGGGCAUUUCAUACGGCAAAAUCUUGGCUCCUGCGGCUACGGGAAAUUGAGAUGUGAAGCAGCAUCCCUACAAUAUGGUGAUGUUGGAUAAACCUGUCCUAGUUGGAAUCUGGGUGGCUAAAAUGAUAAUAUGAAAAGAGUUGGCUGAAUAAUGUGAGACUUUGCUUUACGCAAAAGGAAUCAAGGAUCUCACUAAUUGAGCUUCUUUCGGAGGGAUGUAAAAGAAAUUCUGAGCUUGAUGGAAGUGUCAAUAUUCUGUAAAUAUUGUUAUCCUUCAUCUUCCCCACUUGUAAUUUUAUAAUGCCACUCGUUUAGUCAUGGCAAGAUGUUUUUUUGUUUUGUUUUGUGCUCUUUUAAGAUCAUUCAUUCAGUCAUGUGACCUGUUCUGUCUUGAACCUUU